AUGGCCACUCUCCACUACCUUCCCCCUGUUAAGCCGUCGGCCAUCGCCCUCGGCACCGCUUUCAACCAUGCCGUCUCCCUCGCCGUCCUCGGCCCCGUCUUCGGCGACUCCUACCGCCGCGCCCAGGCUGCGAACACCAAGGAGGAGUUCUUCCACUCCAAGGAGGCUGCCACCGCCGCCGCCUCGUGGGGAUCUUCCCUCGCUGGCUCUGCUAUCCAGGCCUACGGUGUUGGUGCUCUCAUCAACGCUACCGGAACCCUUACCUACAAGGGCGCUGCAUACCUCGGUUCCCUUGUCUUCUUCGCUUCUGCUGCCCCUUCGAUUGUCUCCCAGGUCCUCACCGAGAAGCGUCCCCUUGACACUAUCGCCGUCGGUGCUCUUGCCCGCGUCUUCGAGACCGUCGGUCUCUCCCUGUUCCUCACCUACUGGGGCACCAGGACCAACCCCUUCGACUAA